GCGUCGGCGUCAGGAUGUCGCCCGCUUCACGCUGCGGCGGACUUGAUUUUGUUUAUUGUUAUCAUUUCCAACGCAUUGGGAGCAACGCGCCCCCAAAAACAAAAAACCAUACAAAAAGAAGUGAAAUCCAGGAGUUCCACCGCUGCCCCCCUCGAUGAACCCGAUCAUGAUCAAGUUUUUGAAGAUCCUAACGGCCACCGGCUUCGUUGCCAUUCUCGUCUUGUUCACGAUAGCGUCGAUCAGGACUUUAUCCCUGGACGUCAACGCUGGACUUCAACUCGCACGCUGGGAAACGCCGAGUGCGAUUUCGCUCGAUCUCGACCACCGGAAGCGAGAGGACCUGCUAACUCGCUUUAAGGAGGCCAUCGUCAUCCCCACCGUUUCUUUCUCGCCCACGGAGAGCAACACUACUGCGCUGCUUCAAUUCAACUCGUUUCUCCAAAGGGCCUUUCCGACAAUUUUUACGUCAAGCUUGGUGCGGCACGAAGUGGUGGCCAACUACAGCCACCUGUUUCGGGUGGCAGGGUCGCAGCCCGACCUGGCGCCGUACCUGCUGUUGGCUCACACCGACGUGGUGCCGGCCGCGGAGUCGGACGGCUGGGAGGCUCCGCCUUUUUCUGCCCGGGAGAUCGACGGCUUCAUCUACGGUCGGGGGACAAUCGAUGACAAAAGCUCUUUAAUGGGUAUUCUUCAGGCCCUGGAAUACUUACUGAGCAAAGGCUACGUCCCACGUCGAGGAUUUUACAUUGGUCUCGGCCACGACGAAGAGGUCGGCGGUUACCGGGGAGCCGCCAACAUCGUACGGCUGCUGAAAGAGCGCGACGUGCGACUGGCGUUUGUCCUGGACGAGGGCCUCGCCGUGCUCGACGGCGUCAUCAGCGGUCUGGACGGACCCGCCGCUUUAAUCGGUGUAAGUGAGAAGGGCCAGGCCACCGUCAAGCUGAGCGUGGCCACCCUUCCCGGCCACUCUUCGAUGCCUUCCAAGGAGAGCAGCGUUGGGAUCUUAGCUGCGGCUGUCAAAAGACUCGAGGACAACCCGAUGCCCCUGUUAUUCGGCCGUGGACCCGAACGUGAAACGUUUGAACACCUGGCUCACAAGUUUGGGCUUCCUUUGAAGUUCAUCCUGUCAAAUUUGUGGCUGUUUUCUCCGCUUGUUGGCAGGUUGCUUGAACAAAAACCGGACUCGAAUGCCUUCGUCAGGACGACUACUGCGGUCACAAUUUUUAACGCGGGCGUGAAGUUCAAUGUUAUUCCUUCCCUCGCUGAAGCGUACGUGAAUCUCCGAAUCCACACGGCACAAACAUUACAAGAGGUCCUGGACCUCAUCCAGUCUACGAUUGGGGACCAGCGCGUCAAGAUGGAGCUCGUUGAGGGCUUCGAUCCUUUACCCGUGAGCGCGUCUGAUGACAAAUCGUUCGGCUUCCAGAUCAUCAAGAAAACGGUGUUGGACAUGUUUCCGACUGUCGCCGUGGCGCCAGGUAUUUGCGUUGGGAACACAGACAGUCGCCACUUCAAAGAUUUGACCCGAGACAUUUACCGAUUCGCCCCUUUGUGGUUCAAACCGGGCGACGCAAAGAGGUUUCAUGGCAUCAAUGAGAGGAUUUCCAGAAAGAACUACGAGGAGCUCGUCGUGUUCUACUUCAGACUGAUCCAAAACUGUGACAUUGGGAAACUACCAGAGCCUCACAACUCCCUCCAUGAACUCUAAACAAGUGGAGCCAAACAACCAAAUGGGUACUGCGGCCUUUCACCGGAAACCAAAUCACGCGCGUGUGCUUCGUCGUCGUCGUCGUCGUUGUUGCAACGUUAACAAAGUCUCUCAAUGAAUGAAUGAAUUACUGUCAAGUCACAACAUUGAAUUGAGACUGCUGCUCACUUUAUGAAGAUGCGGUGAAGUCAAAAUUGCAUUCGUGUUUUGUUUGGUUGAAGCGCAUCAGUAAGUUUGGUGCCGCACAGGCCGUUUGGAUUUGCCCACGGAAAUUUGCAAACUGUGAAUGGAUGUCAAAUUAAAGAACCUGUAAAGUC